AUGACAAACGCUUCGAGCACUGCUCAUGAGAGCGACUCCGUCAAUCAUGCCGCCUACCACUCGAGUCUGAUGCCUCCGCCGAAGACGGCAUUUGGCAGAUCCGCGACAACCACAUCAACAAGCAAAUUCCCACCCCAACCCGCGAACGCCCUGGGAAAGGCGCUGACCGAUACCCCUGCGCCUAGUGCACCGAGUAGUCCUCAGAUACAUGCUCGAAGCAGUUCAAUCUCAGGGUCCGCAACACCGAAGAUUCGUGCCACAACGCUCGAUAUUCCUGGCCUAACUCGAUCGAAAGUCUCACCAAACGGACAGAUCUCAGAAAGAGAUGUCGCCGCAAAACUCAUCAUUAUCAUGGUCGGACUGCCGGCAAGGGGAAAGAGUUACAUUGUCAAGAAGAUUGCUCGUUACUUGAACUGGCUACAGCACCCUACGAGGAUCUUCAACGUGGGAGACCGUCGAAGAGUGGCUGCUGGUGUAGGUCCAACCCUCCCAGAUCGGACGACUGCCGCGCUUCGAGAGUCCGUCCGCCGCAUGAGCGCCACCACGCUCGGUCCGCAGAGCGUUGUGGAUCAUGGCGAACUCCUCCCACCUCCUGCGAUCGAGACCAAAAUCCUUGUGAACGGCGAGAUAACAGCCGAUCCCCUAAGCCCGGUGCAGACGAACGGCAACACCACGGUCGACGGAGACCACAAGGACCAUAUCCAGCUCUCUGCACCCGAGCCCAUCGAUCAGUCUGCCACGUUCUUUGAUCCUAACAAUACUAAAGCUAAGCAGAUCAGAGAGCAGGUAGCGCAUCAGGCGUUAGACGAGCUUCUCAAGUACGUGUUGGAGGACGGUGGUUCGGUGGGGAUCCUGGACGCCACGAAUCACACCAGAGAAAGACGUCUGUCGCUCGUCAAACACAUCCGCGAGCGUGACGAGAACAUCAACCUCCUGUUUGUGGAGUCCAGAUGCCAAGACCAGAACUUGCUAGAAGCAAAUAUGCGACUGAAGCUGUCCGGUCCCGACUACAAGGGCAAGGAUCCGGUGGCCUCGUUCAAGGACUUCCAAGCCCGCGUGGAACAGUAUGAGAGAUCCUACCAGAAACUCGACGAUUUCGAAGAGGAACACAACAUGGCGUAUUGCUCAAUGGUGGAUGUUGGUCGGAAAAUGAUAACACAUCAGGUGAAGGGCUUCCUUUCAAUUCAGACUGUUACCUAUUUGAUGAACUUCAAUUUGGCUCCGCGCCAGAUCUGGAUUACCCGACAUGGCGAAUCAAUGGACAACGUCAAUGGCAAGAUCGGUGGUGAUAGCUCUUUGAGCGAGAAUGGCAAAAGAUAUGCCCAGGCCUUGGCGAAAUUCAUCAGCGAACAGAGACAGGCGUGGGAGAAUUAUCAGGCGGAAAAACAGGCCAAUAUGCAUUUUCCUCCGCUUCCGGGUGAUACGACGCCACCGAACCCGGAGUACACCGCUCAGGCUCUUCAGGAGAGGAACUUUUGUGUCUGGACGUCCAUGCUCAAGCGAAGUAUCGAGACCAGCCAGUGGUUCAGCGACGAAGACUACGAUAUUAAGCAGAUGCGGAUGCUGGACGAGCUCAAUGCUGGAUCGAUGGAAGGCAUGACUUACGCAGAAAUCCGGGACAAAAGCCCUCAUGAGUACGAGCUUCGCAAACGUGACAAGCUGCACUAUCGAUACCCUGGCCCCGGCGGAGAAGGCUAUCUCGACAUCAUCAACCGGCUUGGCAAAGUCAUUCUUGAGAUUGAACGAAUGACAGACCACGUUCUCAUUAUCGGCCAUCGAAGCAUAUGUCGAGUAUUACUGGCCUACUUCAUGGGUCUCAAACAAGAAGAUAUCAGCGACCUCGAUAUCCCUUUGGGAAUGGUAUACAGUCUUGAACCGAGACCAUAUGGCGUCGAUUUCAAGGCAUUUCGAUAUGACGCCUCGAUCGAUGCUUUCCGGCACGAACCGGAUUACCGAUUGAGGCGAGCAGUUGACCCACAAGCCUGA